CGCCGCCCGCCUCACCAUGAUUCAGCUGUGGAAAGUGGUGCGGCACGUGCGGCAGCUGGAGCUCCACCGGCUGAUCCUGCUGCUCAUCGCCUUCAGCUUGGUCUCCAUGUGCUUCCUGGCCUACUAUGUCACCAACAGCCCCAAGAUCAAAGAGCCGCCCCCCUUGCCCUUCAGCGACUGCAGCAGCCAGCACCGGGUCCUCCUCCCGCCCCAGGCCAGCUGGAGGCUGGCUAAGUCCGUGGACAACUCUCGCACGGACCCCGUAGUGCUGGUCUUUGUGGAGAGCAUUUAUUCCCAGCUGGGCCAGGAGAUUGUGGCCAUCUUAGAGUCCAGCCGCUUCAAGUACAGGACAGAGAUUGCCCCCGGGAAGGGGGACAUGCCCACUCUGACAGACAAGGACCACGGCCGGUACGCCCUGAUUAUCUACGAGAACGUUCUUAAGUAUGUGAACCUGGAUACCUGGAACAGGGACCUCUUGGACAAAUACUGUGUGGAAUACGGGGUCGGGAUUAUCGGCUUCUUCAAGGCCAACGAGAACAGCUUGCUUAGCGCUCAGCUCAAGGGCUUCCCUCUCUUCCUACAUUCCAACCUGGGGUUGCGGGAUUAUCACAUCAAUCCCAGCGCCCCUCUGCUGUACGUGACGCAGGCGAACGAGGUGGAGCAGGGCCCUCUCCCGGGCGACGACUGGACGGUGUUCCAGUCCAACCACACCACCUACGAGCCCGUCUUGAUGGCCAGCACUAAGUCCUCCGAGUCGAUCCCUCACCUGGCCCCCCACAGGGCCCUGCACGCAACAGUCGUGCAGGACCUGGGCCUCCACGACGGCAUCCAGAGGGUCCUCUUUGGGAAUAACCUUAACUUCUGGCUGCACAAGCUCAUCUUUGUGGAUUCCAUCGCUUACCUGACCGGCAAGCGUCUCUGUCUGACCCUGGAUCGCUACGUCCUGGUGGACAUCGAUGACAUCUUCGUGGGGAAAGAAGGCACGCGCAUGAAAGUGUCUGACGUAGAGGCUCUCCUGAACACUCAAAACAAGCUGAGGACGCUGGUCCCCAACUUCACUUUCAACCUGGGGUUCUCCGGGAAAUUCUACCAUACAGGUACCGACGAGGAAGACGAAGGCGACGACAUGCUGCUGAAGCACAGAAAGGAGUUCUGGUGGUUCCCCCACAUGUGGAGCCACAUGCAGCCGCACCUCUUCCACAAUGUGACGGUCCUGGCCGAGCAGAUGAGGCUCAACAAGCAGUUUGCUCAGGAGCACGGGAUUCCCACGGACUUGGGCUACGCAGUCGCCCCCCACCACUCGGGGGUAUAUCCUGUCCAUGCGCAGCUCUACGAAGCCUGGAAGACUGUCUGGGGGAUCCAGGUCACCAGCACAGAGGAGUAUCCCCACCUUCGGCCGGCCCGCUACCGCCGAGGCUUCGUCCACAACGGGAUCAUGGUGUUGCCCCGGCAAACGUGUGGUCUCUUCACUCACACCAUCUUCUACAACGAAUAUCCCGGCGGUUCCAAAGAGCUUGAUAAGAGCAUCCGUGGUGGCGAACUCUUCCUGACGGUCCUCUUGAACCCGAUCAGCAUCUUCAUGACGCACCUGUCCAACUACGGGAACGACCGCCUGGGGCUCUACACCUUCGAGAGCCUGGUGAAGUUUGUGCAGUGCUGGACCAACCUCCGCCUUCAGACGCUGCCCCCCAUCCAGCUGGCCAGAAAGUAUUUUGAGAUAUUUUCCCAGGAGAAGAACCCCCUGUGGCAGAACCCCUGCGAUGACAAGCGGCACAAAGACAUCUGGUCCAAGGAGAAGACGUGUGACCGGCUCCCCAAGUUCCUCAUCGUUGGACCUCAGAAAACCGGCACAACGGCUGUGCAUUUCUUCCUUUCCAUGCACCCAGCCGUUACCAGUAACUUCCCCAGCCCGUCCACCUAUGAAGAGAUCCAGUUCUUUAACGGGCCCAAUUACCACAAAGGGAUUGACUGGUACAUGGAAUUCUUCCCCAUCCCCUCCAACGCCAGCACCGACUUCAUGUUCGAGAAGAGCGCCAAUUACUUUGACGCUGAGGCGGUCCCCAAGCGCAGCGCCGCCCUGCUCCCGCGGGCCAAGAUCAUCACCAUCCUGAUCAACCCAUCAGACCGAGCCUACUCCUGGUAUCAGCACCAGCGUGCCCACAGUGACCCCGUGGCACUCAACUACACCUUCUACCAGGUGAUCUCUGCGGGGUCCCAAGCCCCUCCAGAGCUGCACAACCUGCGGAGUCGCUGCCUGAGCCCCGGACUGUACGCCGCUCACCUGGAGCGAUGGCUGGCCUAUUAUCCCUCGGGGCAGAUUCUGAUUGUGGAUGGGCAGGAGCUCCGACACAGCCCCGCCUCCGUCAUGGAGAACAUUCAAAGGUUUCUGGGGAUCACACCACUCUUCAACUACACCCAAGCACUCAAGUUCGAUGAGGCCAAGGGGUUUUGGUGCCAGGUGCUGGACAGCGGGAAGACAAAGUGCCUGGGGAAAAGCAAAGGGAGGAAAUAUCCGGAGAUGGAUUCCUCGUCCCGCAUGUUCCUGGCGGACUUCUAUCGCGAGCACAACAUCGAACUCUCCAAGCUGCUGAACAAGCUGGGGCAGCCCCUGCCCCCCUGGCUGCGGGAGGAGCUGCAGAACUCGAGCUGGAGCUGAA